AUGGCAAAACAGUCGACCUUAAUUUCAUACAAAAACGUAUUAGUGUGGCGUGGAUGUGAAAAACUGUAUUUGGACGAACGAACUGCCGAUGUGUUCUUCAUCUUUGAAUCUACGACUGAAAAUGUAGAAAAAGUUCCCGGUCAUAAAUAUAUUUUGUCGUCGAUCAGUGAAAAAUUCGAUGCAAUGUUCUAUGGUCCGAACAAGACAGAUAGUGACGUCAUCAUGGACAACACACCAGUAUCUUCUGAAGCAUUCAAGCAAUUUUUGCAGUUUUUCUAUCGUCAUACGGUCAAUUUAUCAAUGGAACAUGUGGCUGAAGUGAUGGACUUGAGCAAAGAGCACAUGCUUCAUGAUUGCAUCACCGCCUGCAUUGAUUUGUGCAAAGAAAGUUUAUCUACCGACAAUAUAUGUUUGGGAUACGAAUUGGCGAUUCUUUUUGAGCAAGAGGAUUUGAAGAAGUUUUGCGAAGAGAAAAUCAACGAACAUCCAACCGAAUUUUUUCAAUCAAAUGGUUUUUUGCUAUGUCAACCGAAUUUAUUGCGUUACAUUCUACAGUUGGGUUCAUUCAAGUGCGAUGAAUCACUCAUAUUUGAUGGUUGCAUGGCAUGGGCCAAAGCUGCCUGCAUUCAAAAGGGUCUGUAUGAAAAUGAUAUGCACAACAUUCGAUCGGAACUGGGCGAUCUUUUCUAUGAGAUCCGAUUUGGUGACAUGACACUGGAAAUGUUUAAUGCCCGCGUCGAUUUGUACGAAGGACUGUUUUCAAUGGAAGAAUUCCGAGAUAUUAUCAGAAUGAUUGGCUCAAAAGAUUAUCAACCACCGAAAUUCAACAGAAACUUGCGGAACCGCAAACCAAAGCAACCGAUUGAAAAACAGUUAUUGUGUGACCGUAUCGAUCGAUCGGAAAUUGGUUUAACCGAAUAUCGCAAAAAUUGUGUCCCGACAGUGUUCUCAACGAAUCGACUGCUUUAUCUGAAGGACAUUUACUGUGGUACAUUGUUCGAUGAAACCAACACGCAUGCAGUAUGUACAAUGCAAGUGGGUGAACUUAUUGAUGUAUUUGAAGAGUUUCGGAGUGUCAACUAUUGUUGUCAGAUUAAUUUGAACUCAGUAAGCGAAACGAAAAUAGAGCUACCAACACCAGUUGUCAUCAAGCCAGAUGCCAUCUAUGGAAUUGUGUUGCAAAUUGGAUUGAAUCAUAAACAUGGUCAUAAAUACCGAAGUUGCCUCAAACUAAAGCACGAUGUUCAAUUGGAUGACGGUAUUGCUAUCAGGUUUUAUGAUAUUGAAAACGAUUUAAUAAAUAAUGGACCCAUGUGCGAUUUGGUAACCAAAUUGAAUUUUGAACGGCAGAAUGAAGACUACGCAAUGUGCUGA